AUGCAUACAUCAAUCCUCACACUUGGCCUCGUGGCCUUCCUUCGAGGUGCCACUGCUUCAAAAAACAGCUCUCGCUCCGGAUACUCCAUCACCCACACCUACGACUCUACCAACUUCUUCGAGGCAUUCGAGUUCUUCAACGAAAAGGAUCCUACCAAUGGAUUUGUCGAGUACAUCGAUGCCGACAGUGCCAACAGCGAGGGUUUGGCCGGUUUCGUUGACGGACAAGUCUACAUGGGUGUAGACUACAAGACCAAGAACCCUUCCAACGGCCGCAAGUCAGUCCGAGUUACUUCUCACGACUCUUUCACCCACGGUCUCUUCAUUGCCGAUAUCGCUCAUAUGCCUGGCAGUAUCCCUGGUGUUUGGCCUGCAUAUUGGAUGUUCUCUAAUAAAGGUACGUGGCCCGAUGACGGAGAAAUAGACGUCCUCGAGGGCGUCAGCACUCAGACUGAGAACAAGAUCACUCUUCACACUGGACCUGGCUGUACCAUCACCAACGACGGCUCCGACCAAAGCACUACUCUCGUCAACGACAACUGCAACGCUGGUGGUGCGAGCGAGGGUUGCGGUCAGUGCACCGCUGAUAACCAGAACUAUGGUGAUGGCUUCAACGACAUUGGCGGCGGAGUCUACGCCACCGAGUGGACUUCUGACCACAUCGCUGUCUGGUUCUUCCACCGCGGCCGCAUUCCCCAAGACAUUCAGUCUGGCAACCCCGAUCCUGCAUCCUGGGGAACUCCCACUGCAAAGUUCAACGGAGGUCAGGGCUGCAACAUCGACGACCACUUCAGGAACAACAACAUUGUCUUCGACACUACCUUCUGCGGUGAUUGGGCCGGCUCUCCCGAUGUCUGGAACAAGAACCCUGAGACUGCAUCCCUGGGAGAGUGCAACGACUAUGUUGCCAACAACCCUUCUGCCUUCAAGAACGCCUACUGGCUUGUGAACAGUAUCAAGGUCUACAGCCAAGGCGAAUCCAACGGCGGUGGUAACAAUGGCGGCAACAACGGUGGGAACAGCGGCGGUGGUAACACUGGUGAAGGCAACAGUGGAAGCGGAAACUCGGGCAAUGGUAACUCUGGAAACAACAACUCUGGCAAUGGCAACAGUGGAAACGGUAACACUGGUGACAACAACAGCGGUAACAACAACUCCGGUGACGGAAACAGCGGCAAUGGCAACUCUGGUAAUGGUCAGAGUGGUAACGGCGAUGCAUACAACGGCGGCAACGGCGGCGGCAACAACGGUGAUGGUCAGACAUACUCUCCUCCUGAGAACCAGCAAAGCCAAAACGGCGGCAACGUCUGGUACGUCCCUACCGGCGAUAAACAACAGAACACCAACCAGAACGGAGAUGGUUCCAGUUCUGGUAGUGAGCAAAGCCAAAGCUACGACAACGGUCAGUACCACGGUCCAGAAGCAUACAGCAAGAGCCGUGUCCACAGCCACGGUGGCAGUCACAGAGGCUCAACAAGCUGGGACGGAAAGGGCUGGCGAGUGAGUUCUAGACGAUCCAUGCCCAAGCGACACCUCGCAUGA